CAAAAGCCAGAUUGCUUGGCGCGCGGGCGGGCGGCCAAGCGCCCGCGGGGCCGGUGAAAUUGUUCCGGCGCGUGCUUUUCGUGUCUCUUGGACGGUGUCCGACGAGGCUCAUUCCACGGCCGCUAUCCUCUCCCUUAGGACCGCGUAGGCCUGGAAAAGCGAAGCCUAACGAAGGAGGCCCUUAAGAAGUUGCGGCGAGGCCAGGCCGGCGGCAAUGUCCGUGAGGAGCGGCGAGGGGCGCGCGGUUGCGUUGCUGCGGGUGACCACGACGGCGACGACUACUACGGCGACAGCCUCGAAGGCGCGGGGCCUGCACCGCUUCCUUUCGUCCGCGCCGGCCUGCCUGUUGUCUGCUUUUCCUCCUCGCCACGGAGCCCUGCCGGGGCUCUGGGCCCGACAGUGAGCCGCCUCGGGCUGGGCCCGGGCGGAAGAGCGCGGAAGACCGAGAUUGCGGGGCGCAGGGAGCUGCCGAGGGGGGCAGCCUGAGCUUCGGCCGCUUGAGCAUGGGAAUCCUCUUCACUCGGAUAUGGAGGCUGUUUAACCACCAGGAACACAAAGUGAUAAUAGUUGGGCUUGAUAAUGCCGGAAAAACUACCAUUCUUUAUCAGUUUUCUAUGAAUGAAGUAGUGCAUACUUCCCCAACAAUAGGUAGCAAUGUGGAAGAGAUUGUAGUUAAUAAUACACGCUUUCUUAUGUGGGAUAUUGGAGGCCAAGAAUCUCUUCGAUCAUCAUGGAACACAUAUUAUACAAAUACUGAGUUUGUAAUAGUUGUUGUGGAUAGCACAGACAGAGAGAGAAUUUCUGUAACUAAAGAAGAAUUGUAUAAAAUGUUAGCACAUGAGGACUUGAGAAAAGCAGGCUUGCUCAUCUUUGCUAACAAACAAGAUGUUAAAAACUGCAUGACGGUAGCUGAAAUUUCUCAGUUCCUAAAACUAACAUCUAUUAAAGAUCACCAGUGGCACAUCCAGGCAUGCUGCGCUCUUACUGGCGAAGGAUUAUGCCAAGGACUUGAAUGGAUGAUGUCAAGACUUAAAAUCAGAUGAUUCUAACUCUGUACAGACAUUGUACAAAAGAGAACUGGCUAUUUGGCUGUGAAUUAUUGGCUUGUGUAUAUUUAUAAAAACAAGAUGACUUUUUCUUUGCUACUUAAAGAGAUUUCAAACAAGAGAAAACAAUUGGAAGCUCAGCCUUGACUUUCUUUGAUGAUUUCUUUGAACUGACAUUUAAAUACUGUGGCUGGCCUUUCUUUUAUCAAGAAAUAAUGUGCAGAGAUCAAAUACAAGGAAGAAAUUUUAACUUUGACUUUUUAUUAUUCAAGUCUAACUCACUAAAUAGAAAUGCUGACUUUAUUAUUUCCACAAAUCAGAAAAGAAAAUCAGUGGUACAGGUAUUGACUGUUUAGUAUUGAAACCGACUGGGAUGCGUUUCAGAAGUGCAAAAAUGUUCCUAUAUGUGAACUAUGUGUUUAUGUAAUUAUACCUCAUGUUAAGCUUGAUUAAAAUCUGUUGAGCAAAUUGGUUAAUAUCAUUAAUUCUGCCAUAGUACUCCUUAAGUAGCAGUAUGUGAUUUGAGCCACUUGGGACCUAUUUGAGUUCCAUGUGUUACAGCCAAUCUUUUUUGUCUGACCACUGAGCAGGUUCUGUCAGGACAAAUUCUUUAUCUACUUUCUAACUCCUCUCACUCUUCACCAGAACUUUGGUGAAGCUGUAGCAAGCUUUGGGAUACGUAGGAGGGGGCUGCUAGUUGAACAGGAUGCUGAAAAUGUUGAACCAGGUCAUCAAAACCCUGUGCAAGCAAUGUUUUGUAUCACUGUGCCAGUAGGUUUGGGGUCAAACUGUUUGAAUUUGUAAUGGUUUAUU